UGCUGGAAAAGCUUUAGUGACCUUUUGAAAGGUGCUCAAGAAUUUGAGGGCGUGGAAACGCUGAGGGAUGACCCUGCGUUUGUCUUCUUCACGAGCGGCACCACGGGACCUCCCAAGAUGGUGGAGCACAGCCAGGGAUAUUGCUUGGCUCACCUCGCCACAGCCACCUACUUCCAGUCGCUGCGUAGGAGUGACGUGUUCUGGUGCAUUUCGGACACCGGGUGGGCCAAGGUGGCCUGGGGCACUUUCCCCGCCUGGCUCACGGGGGCCUGCUUGUUCCAGGCACGCAUGCCCAGGUUCUCCCCCGAGACCACCCUCUCGAUACUAUGUGACUAUCCAAUCACCAAGCUGUGUGCGCCACCCACCGUGUACCGUGCUCUGUUGCAACUGGACCCAUCACUCUUCAAGUUUAGGUCUCUAAAUGACUGCGUUGCAGCCGGAGAGGCCAUGCAUCCUGAAGUGGCGCUUCAGUGGUUUGACAGAACAGGACUUCAAAUCAGGGAAGGCUAUGGUCAGACCGAAUCAGUGGCUCUUUGUGCCAGCCCCGUUGACAAAGUAGUCAAGCCAGGCUCGAUGGGUCUUCCAGUACCGAAUGUCACGAUACAAAUUCACGAUGACGAAGGACGAGAGCUUGGCCCUAGCCAAAUUGGUCACAUGGCUGUGGCUAUGACUCCGAGGAAGCCUUUAGGGCUGUUCACCUGCUACAGGGAUGAACCGAGCAAAACUGAGACGGUUUUUCGGAACGGCUUCUACUACGCGGGCGACAAGGCCUACAAGGACAAUGAUGGCUACCUCUGGUUCUACGCUCGGGCAGACGACGUCAUAAUCUCUGCAGGGUAUCGAAUCGGACCAUUCGAAGUGGAAAGCGUCCUGGCCAAGCAUCCAGCCGUCGCAGAGUGUGCCGUCGUCGGCAGUCCGGAUCCAAACAGGGGAGAAGUGGUGAAAGCGUUUGUAGUGCUCCAAGCGAGUCAUAGAAACAUUGAGGACCUGGACGGACUUGCCGUGGAACUGCAGGAAUUCGUUAAGAAGAACACGGCGCCUUACAAGUACCCCCGAAAGGUGGAAUUCGUCGGAGAGCUGCCGAAGACCAUCAGCGGCAAAGUUUUGCGCACAUCGCUGAGGGAAAGAGAAAAUCCAACCAAGGGUGCCUAAAGCUAUAGUCCCCCUCCCCCAAGUGGAUUAAACGUUGGCAUCGGAUCUUCGAGCUAUC